UAAAUGUGUAUUUGGCUACUUGGCUACUGAUUAGAGAACACAAAAUGAAUAACUCAACAAACUCCUCUAACAAUGGCCUGGCUCUGACCAGUCCUUAUAAGACAUUUGAAGUGGUGUUUAUUGUCCUUGUGGCUGGAUCCCUCAGUUUGGUGACCAUCAUUGGGAACAUUCUGGUCAUGGUCUCCAUUAAAGUCAACCGCCACCUCCAGACCGUCAACAAUUACUUUUUGUUCAGCUUGGCCUGUGCUGACCUCAUCAUUGGUGUUUUCUCCAUGAACUUGUACACCCUCUACACUGUGAUUGGCUACUGGCCUUUGGGACCUGUGGUAUGUGACCUUUGGCUAGCCCUGGACUAUGUGGUCAGCAAUGCAUCAGUGAUGAAUCUGCUCAUUAUCAGCUUUGACAGGUACUUCUGUGUCACAAAACCGCUCACCUACCCAGUCAAGCGGACCACGAAAAUGGCAGGUAUGAUGAUUGCGGCUGCCUGGGUCCUCUCCUUUAUCCUCUGGGCCCCGGCCAUUCUCUUCUGGCAGUUCAUCGUAGGGGUGAGGACUGUGGAGGAUGGGGAAUGCUACAUUCAGUUUUUCUCCAACGCUGCUGUCACCUUUGGUACUGCCAUCGCAGCCUUCUAUCUGCCUGUGAUCAUCAUGACCGUGUUAUACUGGCACAUAUCCCGAGCCAGCAAGAGCAGGAUAAAGAAGGACAAGAAGGAGCCUGUGGCCAACCAAGACCCAGUUUCUCCCAGUCUGGUACAAGGCAGGAUAGUGAAGCCAGACAACAACAACAUGGCCGGCAGUGACGAUGGCCUGGAGCACAACAAAAUCCAGAAUGGCAAAGCCCCCAGGGAUGCGGUGACCGAAAACUGUGUCCAGGGAGAGGAGAAAGAGAGCUCCAAUGAUUCCACCUCAGUCAGUGCUGUCGCCUCCAACAUGAGAGAUGAUGAAGUCACCCAAGAUGAGAACACAGUGUCCACUUCCCUGGGCCAUUCCAAAGAUGAGAACUCUAAGCAAACGUGCAUCAGAAUUGUCACCAAGACCCAAAAAGGUGACUCGUGUACCCCAACUAAUACCACCGUGGAGGUCGUUGGUUCUGCAGGUCAGAACGGAGAUGAGAAACAGAAUAUUGUAGCUCGCAAGAUCGUGAAGAUGACUAAGCAGCCUGCCAAAAAGAAGCCUCCUCCCUCCCGGGAGAAGAAAGUGACCAGGACGAUCUUGGCUAUUCUGUUGGCUUUCAUCAUCACUUGGGCCCCAUACAAUGUCAUGGUGCUCAUUAACACCUUCUGUGCACCCUGCAUCCCCAACACAGUGUGGACAAUUGGUUAUUGGCUCUGUUACAUCAACAGCACGAUCAACCCCGCGUGCUAUGCACUUUGUAACGCCACCUUCAAGAAGACCUUUAAACAUCUUCUUAUGUGCCAUUAUAAGAACAUAGGCGCUACAAGGUAAAACAUCUUUGUAGAGAAGGCAGGUGGUGAGGGGAGCUUGGGAAAAAGAGAAGGGAUAAAAGAGCUCCCCGUUUUAAAAAAUCUCUGCCAUUGCACUUUAUAGUCUUAUUAUGGAAUGUGCAAUUAAGGAGCCUAACAGUGACACUUUUGUCGUGCCGAUGCUCUGGUUUGAGAAACCUGCACCUUAUAAACCCUGUCAGUUUAGGAGCAAUGAGACCAUGAAAGAGACAUGUUGGAGUUGUGGAUUGAAGGGACAAUCUACGCUUUCUCGUACUCUCUUGAAGAAGGGCUUCUGAAUCUACAAUUUUAUCUCUGCACAAGAAGAAUAACCUCGCUCCUUUUUUUUUUUUUUCCUUUUUUUUUGUUGUUGUUGUUCCUGUGUGUCCAUACGAGGAUGAAAUGCCACAGUUACAAGCUAACAUGGAGACUUAAACAUAAGGAAAUAGACAUCACACAAUGGAGAAGUGAAGAAAAAGAAUCAAAACAGGAUGUAGAAAUGGUCUCCAGAGUGUUAAGCAUAUAUUAUUCUUUUGUUACAGCUUUAUUUGGAGAAUUGCAACAUAAUAAAUGCUCUUUCCCCCUUACCUUUUUCCCUUUUCCCAUCAUCAAAAGAAAGCAAACAAACAAAAACCCUAACUAGAUCAGAUCAUUAUUUUUCUCAUUAUACCAUCGGCUUUUGUACUUCCCUGUUGUACAUUGUGUAAGGGCAAAAAUCUGCAGGACUUCCAGUAAAUACAACCAGACACAGCCUUGAAAGUGGGCCUUUCACCCCUGCCCACUGUGUCGUUUGCAUUCUUUGGGGGGUAUAAAAGCCUAUAAACAUUUAGUUGGCUUAUGAUCCUUUGGGUGAAAUGUUUUCACCAGCCUGGUUUUCUCCUCAACGAGCUUCUUAUGUGAACGGAGUAGCCUACCUAAUACAUAAACAUGCUUGAGAAACCAAAGUCAUUUUUUAAACUGAGGUUUGGUCAAAUUAAAGAGUAGUCAUUUUUAGUUGGAGAAAGUUUACCGAGGCCAGACGAAUUUUGCAAAAGGCAAAUAGAAGGCUGAGAGAAUUCUGUUUCAACGGGAAUUUGCCUGACCCGUGUAUGAAAUGCAAACUUGAAAAACGUGACCUUCUGGCCUUUGUCAGCAGGACGAAGCUGCUUUACUCAUUUGGAAUCCUAAGUAGGAUUAACGUACUCUCAUGGCACCAGUGACUUCUGCGUCGGUCCCAAGGGAAUAAGACCUUCUCUUGGAUGCCUGCUCGCGAAUGAUACUCAAGUCGGAGUCCAGUGAGGUUGUUUAUAGCCAUCCUAUGUCCCAGUGGAGAAGGAAAAAGUUCAUUAAAGAACAUUUCCUGAAACCACCCGUUCCAUCUUCCUCAAAUGGUCAAUUCUCCCUAACAUUUCUUAACUUCGAAAUUCCGUCCAUAGAAAUACAGGAAUCUCGUGGCAGACACGGAGUGGAUAACUAAUGGAGGCCAAGUGAGGUCAGCAAAAGCUGACGAAAAUUGUGGGUAGGGGCCCCUGUGUCACUUCUCAUGAGCUCUUGGAUUCUAGACCAUCAAAAGUCAGGUCAGGAACUGUUACCCCAACGGUGGCUUUAUAUAGACUCUCGUCCAUGGAGAGACUUUUUAUUUGGUGCCCCUGAUAAAUACAUCAUUGUAUUGAUUCACACUUAGCUAUUUCUGUCCCUCAACUUUUUUUCUUACUAUAUGUGCUGUAGUCUUAAAAUCAGAUUUUCUGAAGAUGGCCCAAUCAAUAGAAAUCAAACGUAUAAAACUCACUUCAAAUUUCCUAUUUUGCAUUUUAGAUUUAUGGGCCUUAUGAUCUCUUGACCAGUAAUAUCAAUGUAAGUAGCAUGAUUAAUGUUUCAGUAUUAAGCCUUAGCACUUUAGAGCUGUUUUGUGUGACUUGCCUCAUCAAUGGCCUCUCAACAAUUUUGAAAGUUAAAAAAAAAGCACAAGGUAAACAACAACAAAAAAGAACAGUUAGUAAGACGCAAAUUGCCAACAAUAGUUGUAUGUAACUUACCCUUUAUAAAAAUAACUUCCUGUUUGAAUAACUGCAGUCAUUUCUCCUGAAUCUCCUAGGUAUAAACAUACAGCAUCAGUUUAUACAGAUUCCUUUACUCUGCAGUUACUUCAAUGUAAAUGUUUACAAUUUUAAAUCCACAUUUACUUUGAUUUUAUUUCUUCAAAUCAGUGAAUCAGUUGAAUGGAAGGGACAUCAAGCCAAUGCGCUGUUCGGUUUGCUAUAAAUGAAACAGUCGACUGGCUGAAUAUUUCACUUAUUAACUUGUUGUACUAUUACGAUGUAGAUUCAGCUUUAGUUGGGAUGAACUCUUUGGAUUCAAGGAUUCAGGAGUCUGGAUUUGCGUCUUUUCUGGUCCACUCUAACAAUUCAACUCACCAUGAAUCAAACAGCCUCUUGCUCUUCAUUGCCAUUACAUCCUCCCUUCCUUCCUUCUGUUCUUGAUCUUCGCCGUAGCCACCUCAACCUUGUUGAAAGAGAAACCGUCAUGCAUUACGGCAAGGACGUGAAUAUAGACUGACACAUCGUGGAAGCUUUGUCAACUGGAAUCAGAGAAAUGGGAAGAAUACUGAACGUAGUAGAUGAUGAGAAAGACACAGAUUGUAUUCAAAGGUUUGCAUUAACUGUUGCUGGGUUUGUCUAUUUCAGUGGCUCUCAUACAGGAACUAUUUUGCUCCCCCGGGGACAUUUAACAAUGUGUGGAGACAUUUUUGGUGGUCACAACUUGGGGGAGAGAUACUGGAAUCUGGUAGAUAGAGGCCAGGGAGGCUGCUAAACUGCUUACGGUGCACAAGAUAGCCUCCCCCUCACACACACAACUAAGAAUUACUUGGCUCAAAGUGUCAAUAGUGCCAAAGUCGAGAGACCCUGGUCUAUUUUAAGGAAUUCUAAAGCUUACUUUGUAUACGUGGGAAAAUAAUCCUGUAUCACUAUUAGAAUAUCAAUGCAAAUUGCUCACCUGUUUCAGAAAGGUAAUGCUCACCAAUUGUGUAUCAGACACACUGUCAUCCAUGAGUCUAGUGUAUUUGUAAAUCACAGAUUGGGAACACGGGGGACAUCGACAUAUCCAGAAUUAACAGACCAUGCACAUAGCACAUUGUCUCCAACAUCUUCAUGUCCCAUUAUGAUUGCCACAGAGUCCAGUCAAUUGAGGUUGCUGGUAAUUGGCCAUUAAAAUGAUUGCAGUUGAUAUGGUCAGUUUCUAUCGGAGCUGCCACUUUUCCUUUCAAAAACAUUGAGAGCAUCUUUCAGAAACAGUCUGAUUCAUCUCCUUUAUUUUCACUGGAAAGGCGAAUAUCUGUCAAGAAUUUCUUCUCUCCUCAUAGCAAUAAUGUAAAUACUCCAGGGUGGUCUUAUAAGAAGAGGAGAUUAAGAAUGUCAAAAAGCCAGUUCAUUUCUUAAAAAAAAAAAGAGAAAAGAAAUGAUUCCUCUUUUACCAGUUCGCAUUAAUUUAACAUCAGCUCCAAGUGUUAGGACAAAGUCACAAAUAUAGGAAGUCACAUGGGAUAAGCUUUCCCAUUUGAAUGUGGAAACUGGAGGUCCCACAUACUUCUGCUCCUUAUCUAUUCCACUGCUUUUUUGAUCCUGGAGAUCUGAUAUUGGGGAAGACUGAAAUUCAAAAUGAUGGCAACAUAUACUUAGAAAUGCAAUCUACUUUUAUUUUCUCCUACUUAGUUCACUGGUGGUUGCCUUUCCCCAGUUUGAUGAUAUACCUUUCAACAACCACAGCACUGGUGUUACAAAUAGAUUAGGGAAGCACCCAAAGCUGGAUGAAUUGUGCAAAGUGUAUUUUCAGCAUGUAUAUACGAUACCAUGCCUCUUAAAUAUGCUUCUUUUAAAAGGGUGCACGCUGCAGCAUGAACUGUGUGCAUAUUUAAUGUAUCUUUCUGGAAUAUGCUGUAUGCUUAAUAUACAUAUUCUAUAAAUAAAGUAAUGAACUGUAUCAUAGAAAUACAUAUUUCUGUAUGCAAAUAAAUAUGUUAUACACAAAAUCUUGAUAUGCAAUAUGGUAUAUGUUGCUUCAGAGAGUAACAAGACUAGAUUUUAUAUGCCCUUUUUUUUUAAAGUAGUACUUGCUUUUGAAGGAAGAGGUUUAAGAACGGCCAAAAUCCUACCCAUAUUACUAUGAAACUGUUUUAUAAUCUUUGAAAGCAUGGCACUGAUUUUAAGUAUCUCUUGGAGGACUAUAUUAAUAAAUCUUUGCUGGUGUCA